AUUUUAUUAGAUUCAAAAUAUGCAAACAUUUGGAAAACCAACUAUUCCUAAAAAGUAUCCGGUUGCUCCAGUUUCUGAUGCAAUAAGUGAGCGAUCAGAUGCACCUAGUUAUACCUCAGCAUUUGGCCAAAGCAAGAUAAAUACCAAUACCAAAACGGUAAAGAAUUACGGAAAAGUAGCAGCUCCAAUGGCCCCUACUUCUGUGAAUUACCCCAGAGGAAAGCAUCUCCCUGAAAAAAUAGAGAAGCCAAAGAAAAAUCUACAGGGAAAAGUUGAGAAACUAGUCAGGAAGUACACCUCUGGAGGGGCCAAUGAAGCAGAGCUUAGAAAAGGCCUCAAAGAGUACGGGAUUAAAACUGACCCCACAUUUGAUAAACUUAUCACUAAACAUGAGGCAGGCACUUUUGUAUCCCAUUCUAAGCUUGGAACCGAAGCUUUGAGAAGAGUUGUGGAUACUUCUAAAUUCAACAAAAUUGAUAAAAUUACUCUCAAAGAUCCUUCUUACCUUGACAAGAGCUUACAAGGCAAGAGCCCUGUAGAAUUCACCAGUGAGAUCAAGCAGAAAGCUCACGAAGAUACGUAUAUUCCUAAGAAAAAUCAGAGAGUAUUACAUGAGAAUCUUUCAAAUAGAGAGAUCUUCGGCAAAAGAGUCUACCUAGAAACAAAAGGGAAAUCAACAAUUGAUGUGCAAGACCAGAGAUUUUCCUCAGAUCCAAUGAUUACUAAGUGGAAUAAAGGCACUAGUGGGUCAUAUCUAGAGGACUCUUUUAAACCCGCCAAGACUAUUAUCAGCAAGGAUAGAGAUCAUCAUAAGUUAUAUAGCAGUCAUGGUGUUGAUGGUAAUAGAAGCGGUAAGACCUCUGAUAUUCACAGAUCAUCUUAUGCCAAUCACCAGUGCAAUAGAACAAGCUUUAAUAUUUUCGGAAUUUAA